AUGGGCAUCCAACGUGGAAUCCAGGCAGCACAGGCUAGUCCCUCCAGCACCAUCAACCCAUUGGUGCAGGAGUUUGGAUCGCUUCAAGUACUUGACGACUUGAUUCGCUUACGAGCCGCUGAUGUCGUUCAAUACCCUAUUCUUGCCUAUCCCCGUUUCGACAACGAUGCAGCUUCCUACGAAUACUACACAGGAAAACACUUGGACGCUAUGAUAAACCAAGCUGUCAUCAGGCUUAUGGAUGAUGGGUUCAAACAGGCAACGCAAAGUCCAUCCAUCAUGGCCCUUCUUACUUUGUCGGACCUGAACAUGGUCAUCACGUUUUUUGCCCUAAGUCGACUAGGCUAUACUGUCAUGAUGCUCUCCCCGAGACUCUCGGGUGAAGCCUGCGUGUCAUUGCUGGAAACAGUCAACUGCGAGUCAAUCAUAUAUGGUCAAUCUCCCAAUAUCCGGUCAACACUGGGCGAGAUUCUUCGCCGGAGACUAGUAACCUGCCGACCAAUGCUCUCAUGCUCCUUAUACAACAAACUAGAAUCACCAUCGCCUGCUCUGCAUCGCAAUCGGAACCCCGAAAUGGUCGCAUUGAUUCUCCAUUCCUCCGGAUCAACGGGCACUCCGAAACCGCUCUUCCUCACACACAAAGCUAUCAUGACUCACCCACUGAGAGGCCCUGGGUUCACUUCCUUCAACACCUUGCCAUGGUAUCACCUCCAUGGGCUGUCCACCGCAUUGCAGGCAAUGUGGAUGAGAAAGACAGCCUAUAUGUGGAAUGCUGCGCUGCCUUUGACUGCAGAAUUUGUCGCUACAGCCCUCGAAGAAGCCAGACCAGAGUCAGUGGCAGCGGUUCCAUAUAUGCUCCAAAUUUUGAUCGAUGAUCCCCGCGGUAUCACGGCGCUAAGACAAUGCAAGUUGGUCACUUAUGGGGGUGCACCUUGUCCAGACGAACUGGGCGAUCGCCUAGUAAGUGAAGGUGUACACUUUGGAGGCUCAUUUGGCCUCACCGAGGCUGGCCUUGUUGCAGAAUCAAUCUCACGACCAAAAGGUGACCCUUAUUGGAACUAUCUGAAAUUCUUUGACAAUAUCCGAUCAUAUGUCUGGAUGAAGCCCAUUUCCGAGCCAGAAUCGCUCUUCGAGUGUGUUUAUCUUGCUGGUCAUCCAGCAUUAACGACCUCGAAUUCAAACGAGCCGCCAGGAUCCUUCCAUUCGAAAGACGUGUUCAUCCCUCAUCCUACAAUAGCGGGAAGAUGGAAAUACAUCUCACGAUUGGAUGAUCGAAUCAAUCUAGUAAAUGGUGAAAAGGUUCUCCCACUCCCGAUUGAAGGUCACAUCAAACAACACCCUUUUAUUCAUGAUGCGGUUGUCCUCGGAGUAGGAAAAGCUGCUCCAGGACUAUUGGUCUUGCGAGCGGAUGAACCUGAAGUCAACCGUCUCUCAGACGACAAAUAUCUCAAUUUAAUCUGGCCCACAAUCCAAGAAGCCAAUUCUCAGGCAGAGUCUUUCUCUCAAAUCUCCCGCAAUCUAGUUGCUAUAUUGCCAUAUGACGCUAAAUUUGCUCGAACGGACAAAGGGUCUAUGAUCCGAGCACAGGUCUAUCAAGAAUACAGUGAACUCAUUGAAGGUCUUUACGCCGAGAAGCAACAAACCUGUGGGAAUCUUCAGCUUGAUGUUGUGGAGACAGAACGCGUUCUUCUUCAGAUAUCCGACCAAGAACUUGGGAUACCCGUCUCUAGUGUCGAUGCCAAUUUCUUCUCUGAGGGCGUUGAUAGUCUCAAGGCAAUACACUUCCGACGUCUCAUCCUUCGGCAUUUCAAAUUUGACAUUAGCCAGACUCCUGGCCCGAAUGUCAUAUUCGAAGCGGGUUGUAUAUCACAGUUGGCUCGACAUAUCUGUUCUUUACAAAAGGGGGAGCCAUUGGAAGAUGUCGAGAGUGAAGUAUCUGUGAUGACUGAAUUGAUCGAGAAGUACUCCGCGUUUGAGAGGCACAUACCACAACCACAUGCUUUCUCAGGGCCAAACAGUGUGCUUUUAACAGGAGCCACUGGGUCAAUCGGAGCCCAUGUCUUGUACGACCUACUAAAUGACGACUCCAUCUCUACAGUGUACUGUCUCACGCGACGAGAAGCACCACUGAAGGCAAUAUUACGCACUUUAGCCGACAAAGAUCUUUUCAUAUCCCCCGAACAGAAAACAAAGAUCAUCGCCUUCAACAGCCGCAUCGACCAACCCAAUUUUGGUCUAUCUCUAGAUGAAAGUACAGCUAGACACAUGAUCGACUCGGUCUCGCUCAUUAUUCACACAGCAUGGCCCGUCAACUUCAAUAUCCCCCUGACCGAGUUCGAGCCACACAUCCAGGGACUAUACAAUCUAAUCCAAUUCUCCCUAUCAGUGCAGAGACGCGAGCCUGCCGUGAUGAUGUUCUGCUCAUCCGUCUCCACCGCGCUCGGAUCUCACUCAGUCGAGAUCCCCGAAGAACCCGUCGACUUGGAUUGCGCCUUUAUGGGCUACGGGCAGUCCAAGUUGAUUGGGGAGCGGAUUGUGAGUAACGCGCGACGCAGUGGGGCAAAUGCCUAUUCUCUUCGAAUUGGCCAGGUCUCAGGUCACUCGAAGAAGGGUCUUUGGAAUGACUCCGAGGCUCUGCCAUUGAUGAUCCGGUCGGCGCUGACGCUUGGAGCACUACCUAAAUUAUCGCAGACGUGUUCUUGGCUCCCGGUGGAUAAGCUUGCGUCUACUAUUCUUGAACUAGCCAGAACCUGUGUUACGCCGAGUGUGCCUGGGGAUAGUCAGGCGUCCAGCUCGGCUGCGGUGGAGUAUGUUGAUGACUCGAUUUUCAAUUUGUGUAAUUCUCGCGAGUUCACCUGGUCAUGUUUGCUUCAUACGCUGAAGAAUUGCGGGUUCCGAUUUGAUGUCGUGUCUUUUGAAGAGUGGUUGCUGAGACUUCGUCGGAGUGAGACAAGGGGGGAGGAACUUGUCAAUCCGGCGGUCAAGCUCAUUCAUCAUUACGAGACGAUGCAUGGGAAAGAAUCAUCUUUAAUGCCGACUGGGCCAAAAAGGUUUAUUACAGAGAAAGCAGAGAGGAGUAGUGUGACUUUGCGAGAUGGUCGAUUGAGAAUUAUCGAGGAUGGAAUCCUGAGAUGCUAUGCUAAGGAUUGGUUGGCGAGGUGGACGAUGGUCUAG